AUGGCUGAAAGAUUGAAGGUAUUGCUUCCAAAGUUAGUCUCUGAAAAUGAGAAUGGGUUUACACCGGGUAGGGAAAUUGCGGAUAGCAUCAUCCUGGUAUCGGAAAUCAUACACUCACUCCACAAGGAAAAACUAAAAGGUAUGAUUAUUAAACUUGAUGUUACCAAAGCUUGUGAUAAGGUGAUUUGGAACUUUCUUUGCCAUGUCCUUGUCAAAUUUGGUUUUCUAGAAAAAUGGAUUGAAUGCAUAAAAUUCUGCAUUAGCACUGUUAAAUUUUCAAUACUAAUUAAUGGAAAAUUAAGUGGGUUUUUUGGAGCCACGAAUGGCCUACGACAAGAAGAUCCUUUGUCUCCUUCGUUAUGUGUUCUCAUGGCAGAAGUGUUGGGGAGACUAAUAAAAAAGAGGCAUAGCGAAGGCAUUUGGAAGGGAAUCAAAGUUCAUGAGCAAUUUGAGGCAAUUACAUGUUCCCAAUUUGUUGAUGACGCCAUCAUAUUCGGUGAGGCUUCCAUCCAGGAAGCUGCAGUUAUUAAAAACACACUUGAGGAGUAUGUAUUGGCCUCGGGCCAAGUUAUGAAUAAAGGAAAAUCUCAGUUGUUUUUCUUUAACAUCAAUAGGCAAAUCCAGGGUAGAAUUGCACAACUCUUGGAUAUAAACAUCACUGAGCUCUCGAUCAAGUACUUAGGGGUUCAGAUUAGCAAAGGGUGCAGGCAAUCCCAAACAUGGGAAGAUGUGAUUAAAUCUUGUCAAUCUAAAUCAGAAAAUUGGAAAAAUAGAUGGCUAACUCAAGCAGGUAGACUUACCAUGAUCAAAUAUGUUCUAAUGGCCAUUCCAAUAUAUAGCAUUUCAUGCUUCAAAAUGUCGUUCACUGCUGGGAAAAAUCCAAAUAAUUUACUGAAAAAGUUUGUGUGGGAUGGACCUAAAGACAACAGGAAAAUUUCGCUUAUCAAUUGGGACACUCUAUGCCUUAUUAAGGAAGACGAGGGUGUUGGCCUUAAGAAAAUGGAAUUACAAAACUCUGCUCUUGGUGCUAAGUUGUCUUGGAAAAUGUGUAAGGAACCUCAAAAAUUGUGGUGCAGGCUAUUCCAAAAGAAGUUUCUUGAUUCAGAAGACACUAACCGAAAUCUCAUUGUGGCAAAUACUGAAAGAGGCUCGGCUACAUGGAACUUCCCAUGGGAAUGUAGACACAUUAUCAUAGAUCAUAUCUCAUGGAAAAUCAGUAAUGGCAGCACUGCGUUGUUUUGGAGAGACUCUUGGGACGGGUUUCCACCUUUAUCAAAAUCCUUUGAAGAUAAGGGAUGGGUAGACAUGGUGGAAAAUUGCAUAGGGCAGCAUGUGUGCAACUACAUGGAAAACCAAAUUGAUCAUAAUGGUCUGAGAAGAUGGAAGAAAAUCAAUAUUGGAAAUCCCUCAUUAUGUGAGCAACUAUGGAAAGCAAUAAAAGAUAGGAAAAUACCGAAAUCUGUUGAAGAAGACAACAUAAUUUGGUGUGCAACAAAAUCCAGGGUGUACAACCCCAAACUUGGGUAUGAAGUUCAAAGGAAAAGGGGCUCCAACAACACUUGGCCGCAUAAACUAUGCUGGAAUCACAAAAUACUUCCAAAGGCUGGGGCUUUUUUGUGGAUUUCUCUACAUAGUAGAAUCCUUACAGUGGUGUUGGAGGCAGUUCUCUUGCCUCUGGUUGAUAUCAUUGACUCUGGGGAGCGCACGAUUGAACUGUUUGCUGGAUUUGUUAAACCAUUAAUUGCGGACAACAUAGCCAAUGUUAUUUUAAAUUUGGAGGAGGUUGUCAAAGUAAGCAUAUUGAAGGUAUACUUCCAGUUUGAAAACUACCUACCCUUAGAGAUAGAGGAGGAUCCUAAAGAGGAGGACAGUGAUGAAUCUGUCGAUGGUGAUGACUUUGCCGAUAAACACCGUUCGCGAGAUGGCUAG